AUGCGAUUUUCCGGCGCGUUCUUCGAGAGGUUUUCGGAUCGCCAUAGCAACGACGCGCAACGCUACCGCCGGUCGUGCUGCGCCGUCGCGAUAAGGGUCGGCGGCGCCGCGUCAGUCCGCGCGUUACGCCGGCACUCGGCAGAGUAUGUCCGUCCGCCGGUCGUUGCGGUCGCCGUUUACGUUGCAUCGUGCAGUCGUGCUUUUCGUCCGGAAAAACGUGGAAAAUCGAAACUCGUGGUCGGACAAUAUUGCCGGAAGGAAGUCGGAACGUUUUCUUCACUUCACCGGAACAACAACAUAUGA